AAAUCAAUAUGACUUUAAAAAAAACAGUAGAAAAGUGACAUAAAAAAACGCACAAAAUGUCUCAUGGUUUAAGAUUUUUGUUGGUUCUAUUUGGACUAUUUAGUGUACGCGUAUGCGGAGGAUUAAUUGAGGAGUUUGAAGAGGAAAGUGAUUUGCUGAUUGAUGAAGAAGAACCAUUAAGAUGUUAUUUUUGUCAUGCAAUGGGUCCGACAAAUGAGUGCGAGCUUUACCAGCCGUACAUUGACGCCAGGGAGGCUGCCGACGAUGGCCGUCAACAUGACGGACCGGUCACAUUGAAGACGUGCUCGCCACCGUUUGACGUUUCAUGCAUGAUUGAAACCUUUAUAAACAACAUUGGCGAGGUAGCACACAUUCGAGAUUGCAGUGAUGAUAAAACAUUUGAUUUUAACGAGAUUUCGAACAAUAAAUCAAGCUAUGCCCGUCUAAUUGGUCUGCGUGACAACAACGAGACCGCAUGUGUGUACGACGGCCAGAACACCGUCUGUCUCAGCAAAUGUGGGCACAGUGAAAAUAUGACAGACUUUUGUAACGGCCCGCAGUACGGAAGUACCAGUACGGCAGUAUUUUCGAAAAUCUUGUUUAUGACAAUUUUGUUUUGUUAUGUUUUAUUUAACCCGUGA